UUUCGCAUUCUGCCCUAUUGGUGGCAGUAUUGGAUUUUUGAUCCUAUGAAGCUAUAAUUAACCUAGAAGCAGGGGCCUGGAAACGAGUUUGUUUGAUCAGUUGCCGUUCUAACAAAUGUAACUAUAUACAAUAGUAUUUUCUGACUGGUUGUGUGCAUGCAAGUUGUUUGAACCCUCAAGAUCCAGAAUGAGACGGCGAACACAUAAAGGCCUGCGCGAGGGUAGCAUUAGCGCAGAAGGGGCACACUGGAGUGAACCUGGAGUAUCAGCCCAGCUCAGGCACCUUGGCAGAAUGGAUCCAGAGACAUGCAGCCACCAGAGGGAGUAUGGAGAACCAGGGACAUGCAGUCACCAGAGGGAGUAUGGAGAACCAGAGACAUGCAGUCACCAGAGGGAGUAUGGAGAACCAGAGACAUGCAGUCACCAGAGGGAGUAUGGAGAACCAGAGACAUGCAGUCACCAGAGGGAGUAUGAAGAACCAGAGACAUGCAGUCACCAGAGGGAGUAUGGAGAACCAGAGACAUGCAGUCAGUGGAUGGAGUAUAGAGAACCAGAGACAUGCAGUCACCAGAGGGAGUAUGAAGAACCAGAGACAUGCAGUCACCAGAGGGAGUAUGGAGAACCAGAGACAUGCAGUCAGCGGAUGGAGUAUAGAGAACCAGAUACAUGCAGCCACCAGAGGGAGUAUAGAGAACCAGAGACAUGCAGUCAGCGGAUGGAGUAUAGAGAACCAGAGACAUGCAGCCACCAGAGGGAGUAUAGAGAACCAGAGACAUGCAGGCACCAGAGGGAGUAUAGAGAACCAGAGACAUGUAGCCACCAGAGGGAGUAUCGAGAACCAGAGACAUGCAGCAGCCAGAGGGAGUAUGGAGAAGCAGAGACAUGCAGUCAGCGGAUGGAGUAUGGAGAACCAGAGACAUGCAGUUACCAGAGGGAGAAUGGAGAACCAGAGACAUGCAGUCAGCGGAUGGAGUAUGGAGAACUAGAGACAUGCAGUCACCAGAGGGAGAAUGGAGAACCAGAGACAUACAGUCACCAGAGGGAGAAUGGAGAACCAGAGACAUACAGUCACCAGAGGGAGAAUGGAGAACCAGAGACAUGCAGUCACCAGAGGGAGAAUGGAGAACCAGAGACAUGCAGUCACCAGAGGGAGAAUGGAGAACCAGAGACAUCCCAGAGAAGUUGGGGAGGAGUAUGGUGCUUCCGCUGCUAUGAGCCACAUCAUGAACCCAUCAUCCAGAGACUGGAGCAAAGGCUCAUUGAGGGGUAGCAGUGGUCCCUUCUCCCCAGACACAGAUGGGGACAUUGAUGGAGAUCCUGUGGAGCUCAGUGGGGAUUACCUGGAGCUCCUUCGUAAAAGGAUGGAGCUGGACAUCAUAGAGGAACAGAUUGCCAGCAAAAAAAGCUGCUCUUGCUAUGGAAACGUUUGGGCCUGAAUCAAAGGCCAUCCGUAAACAGAAGACGAAGGACAAGGAAAUGUUAACACUUUUUUCCAAUAAGGAUGUUACUCCUAAAGCUAGGGUGAAUAGCAUUUUGAGAAAGCAGGCAUGGACCAAUGGAUGUCGCUCAAAGGUAUGUGCUUGUUACAUCUGUAUUUAAGAAUAGAUUUAUUUCCUGAUGUUUGGAUGAACUGUUCUGUUCCAUUACAUAGACUAAGGAGAGGCAGUAGAAUAACCCCCAAGUGCAGAUCUAGAAUCAAUUACCCAUAAAUCUGUCCCCUUAACCAUUUAAAGGUAAAAAAUACUAAACUGACUUUAGAUCAGUAUUCAGGGUAACGUAGGCUUGAUCAGCAUCGUACAUCUUCAAAUUAUUUCUUAAUUCUUUAUUGUGUGUCCCUUUCAGGAAAUGUGUCUUACAUCGCAAACUCAACAGCACAACUUCACCACAUAUACAUAAAUACAUUAGGGAUGUGCUUCUUUCCCUUUCAAGAUGAUUCGAUAGGUAUCUAGAUACAUGGGCUCUGAUAUGAUACGGGAACGAUAUGUUUUAGUUUGAAAUGAUUCGGUUUGGUUAGAGAAUUAAUAGAUUUGGUUUGAUACACUCAUUUGUUGCACUGACACGUUCAUUUUCCAUUCUAAAUUCAAAUAUGCUACUGAUGAAGCUCAUGAGCUGGGCCUCUCUGAGCUGUGUGUGUGUAAAUUAUAUACAGUGCCUUCGGAAAGUAUUCAGACCCCUUGACU